AUGAAUUUCCACAAAUGUGCACUUGGACAUGACAAGGGUCAAGGCCAUAUAAUAAAGAGGAUCAUGAUUAAGCUUCGGUUCUUUCCAUGUUUUACUUUUACUUCAAGCACUUAUCCGUUUGUCCGUUUUGCAAGAGAUUUUGCAAAGAAAGAGGCGCCGAGGCCAGAUUUUGCAACAAUCAGCCGGAGUGUGGCGAAGGCAAAAAAGUUGAAAACGAGCUCGGCUGCAUAUAAGUAUCAGUUGGAGCGUCUACUAUCCCUCAGCAAUUCUCCUCAGCCUACUGUAGAAGAUGAGGUGGAGGAAGGCGUCCUACUCGUAAAGAAAAAGAGGGCCGGCCCAGCAAGGGUGCCCACUUCAGCUCCUUCGAAGGAGGUUCCUCCCCCAACUCAACCUGGGGUGAUCGUGGCGACCCUCUCGACCAUCCCUCAGGCUAUAGUGCCCAUAACUACCUAUUUUGCUGAGGGCCCGACUAGGAAGAGGCAGAAGCGACCUGCCAAAGCACCGGCUAAGGGCAAAGUUAUGGACUUCCUGGGGAGCAAGGACGAUGACCUCUCUGAAGCUGUACAGAAAUGCUCCCACUAG